GUUCAAAAGUUUUGUGAGUGGAUCGAGCAUGGGACCCCAGAAUUUGUGCACAACAGCAUAAACUCAUGUAUCGAUCAGAUAUAAAAUAUGAGGCGAGACAUCAUCGAUUUGCGCGCAGCCCUGUACGUGGCUUUUAUAGCCCCCCCCACUCACAAAACCUAUGAACAUAACCUCCGUAUAUAGGGUCUGAAGAUUUGGGACCGGACCGGACCAUGGUCUGGUCUGGGGUCGGUCAACCGAUGGGGACGCAGCCUACCAAUAAUGGCAUCAAUCACAUGUAGCACAUGGGAGCACGGCCCGAGGCCGGACAAGCCUCACAAGCAAGGGGGUGAUCACAAAUGUCUCUCACUCAUUAAUGUUGACUCGCACAGAAUUCUGGUCCUUGUACCUCGCCUUAUAUUUUAUGUGCGCCAGUACAUCCGUUUUAAGCGCGAUAUGCUUGUACGAAGGGGGGAAGUCCUGUCCUGUUUCACCGACAAAACCUUUCUAGGCUUUAUUUCUGUUGACAAACAUGGUGAAUGAGCAAACUAGACAAGAGAUCAAAAAGACCAGAUUGUCCAGCGUUGUUUUAUCAAGUUUCCGUUCCUAAAUGGCUUCAUUUUCGCGUCUACGGAAGCAGUAUGCGUCCAUCCAAACGGAGCUCUCGGAGGAGCAGCUGGUAACACCCUUGACCGACAAAUUUGAAUAUUUUCGUCCUACCCUCCUCACCUUCGACGAGUUGCCAGAAUGGCAGAAAGACAGUCCAUUUAUUCGCUUUGGCUAUCGCCCAGAAUCAAACUCCGCUCAAGCAUGCUUCGCCAGUUGGCUCUACCUGCACAAUGAGAGUGUCAACAUUUACACACAUUUGAUCCCCGGGAUUCUCUUUCUGGCCGGCGAAGUCAUGAUCUACCAGUACUUUGACGCCAGGUAUCCAGUGGCCACAGUUUCCGACCGUUUGAUAUUUGCCUUCUUUCUUCUAACGGCCGUCACAUGCCUGGGCUUGUCGGCAAUGUUCCAUACCUUUCUGAGCCACUCAGAGCUCAUGUCGCACGUAUGGCUACAACUUGAUUUUGUCGGGAUUAUUGUUUUGAUCCUUGGAGACUUUGUAUCUGCGAUCUACGUAGGUUUCUACUGUGAACCGGCUUUACAAAAGACAUAUUUUACCAUGAUCAUCAGCCUCUGCUCUGCAUCAAUAUUCAUACUCCUAAACCCCAGGUUUCAGAGUGACCGUUGGCGUACGUUCCGUGUCUGCACAUUUGUUUGUACCGGACUUUCCGGCUUCCUGCCUCUCGCCCACGGGGUCAAGAUCCUUGGCUUCUCCCAAAUGCUGAAUCAGUCCGGUAUGCCAUAUUACCUCGCGGAAGGUCUAUUGUUGAUAUUGGGCACGCUUUUCUACACUUUGCGGAUUCCGGAGUCCUUCAAGCCUGGCAGGUUUGAUAUCUUCGGAUGCUCGCAUCAGAUUUUUCAUAUUCUGGUCGUCCUUGCAACUGUGGUUCAUCUGUUUGGUAUUCUCUCUGCGUUUGAUUACCACCAUCGUUAUCAAACUUGUGGGUUUUCUUCGGAACCCCACUGGCCUCUGUAACGCGGUUUACUUCUCCACGGUUAAGACAGUUAUGAUACAAUGAAAUGAAACUAGCAGUGUUGGCAGUAGUUAGUCAGUUUAACAGUUCAAACUGCAGUUUUAGCAGUUGGUUUGGCGAAUUGCGUAAAACUGCAGUUCUUAUCGCACUGGAGUUUAAAACUACCAGUGCGAUGUAUGUAACCAGUUUAUGCAGUUUCAAACUGUCAGUUUGAACUGCAUAAUACACGUGAUAAUUGCACGGUAAAAACU